CGGAGCAACACUCAAAGUUUCGCGUUCAAUCUCGGAGACCAUGAAUUAUUAGUUUGUUACUGAAAGUGCAGGUGCGUUCGUUGACAGAUUUGGUGCAAAUGCCGAUGGUCAUUUGUCGCUCUUCUUCGACGUCCGAGGACGUCAUGGACUGGUCCGGCGAUGGAGAUCACACGGAGCUCGAAGCGGUUUCGCCAAACGUCAAAACGAUUCACCACCAAGAGCUCGAUUCGCUGUCCGACGAAGACGACUUCUCCGACGAGCUGUCCUUGGUGGACAGCGACGACGAGAAGCGUCUGGAAGCUAGAUAUCCCGCACACCAUAGCGGCCAAAGUCCCAGAGAAGUUCCGAACAGGGGAUUCGUGAAGAAAAUAUUCACUAACAGCAGGGAAAGGUGGCGACAACAAAAUGUCAGCGGAGCGUUCGCUGAGCUACGCAAACUGGUGCCGACUCAUCCCCCUGAUAAAAAGCUAUCGAAAAACGAGAUUCUACGGAUGGCGAUAAGGUACAUCAGAUUGCUGACCAGCGUUCUCGAUUGGCAACGCUCGAACAGCUGCCCGAUUCAAGUGAACAUCAAGUGCGAGAGCGGCCGCCAUCAUGGCAUCAUUUCCGCCAGUUCUGUCAUACGGAACAGGGUUCGCAUGCGCAGGAAUCACCUGCCGUCCCAGCCGCUCCCCCUAUGCGACAGGAACGGCAACAACUUAUUGAUGAUCGCCCCCAAUAAUCACCUGCCGUUCAGGAGAAAUUGCAUGUUUAUCGAUAUCGGGCACGGAGGUCGCGUGAAGAACGAAGAAGAAAACGAAAAAGAGGACGAGGCGCGCAAGAAUAACAACGAGAAAUGAACGUUGCGGGAUGAUAUAUCGGAAUAUUUGUUGUCGAUGUUUCGUGUUGUUGAUAACGUUCGGUAUAAUCCAGGUUGGCCGCGUGUGUAGAUAGUAAAUAAACGGA